AUGGAAUUGCUUUUCAAAAAGAUUUUCCUCGUCCUGGUGACUGUCUGGUGGAUCUCGAACACGGUGCAGUUGCGAGGUGUGGCUGCUGGCAAUGGAGGCAACAGAGAUCCUUUGAAGGCAGGCGUCGGCGUCGGUAGCUCCACCUCACCGAAGGAAGCCCUCGCAGCGUCUCACCGAUGCAUGACCUUAGUUCGCGAUGGAAUCUCCAGAAUGUGGCCGACUCUCUAUCCCCGAUGGCCCACUCACGAAGAAGCGGAGGCGAAAGCAGAUGUCGUAAGGGCACUCGGAGACGAAGCGAGACGCCUGGCCAAGGAGUACCACGAGCAGCCAGAGACGGCUGCAGCCACAAUGGAAUGGGCACUCACUUCGUGUUACCGCAAGCCGGAGAGCAAUGACGGCCACCGAGGAGAUGGUGGCAUUUACGACCUUGUUACUGGAGGCCCCGGGGGGAAGCUGCAGUCUCGAAAGAUUGUCUUCUCUUUGGUGAACUUGCCCGAGACUGAACAACUUUCAACACAGCAGCGGAUUGUUGCUGGGCGCGUAUACGCCAGCUACGAACAACUGGCUUACAAAAUGGCCGCUGCGCUCAACAUCAAAGGGGGGUUCAGUUCCCAGAUGAGUCCAGAGACACAAAUUCUGCAGCAGGCGGGCGUGCCUGAAGGGGACGAGGAGACGGCAAGGAGAGUAUCGGAAGCGUUUCAAGCUUAUCAGUCAGACUGGCAAAAAUUCCUAUCCUUCGUGUGGAGCCGGAUCCUUGGCCAUACAAAAUACAUUGUGGCGCUUCGUACGGCGGAGGCUGUCGUUGAGAUUGCCAGCCUCUCAAGGCCUUCAUACGAUCUGCAGGAGCCGGAGAAGCCUUACACAGACACGGCGGAGCGUCUCGCAGAAUGUAUUGCGCGGGAGGGGUGCCUUGGAGACGCGCCAGCAGUGCUGAUGUCGCGGGCCUCUAAAUGCGUAGAAGUACUUGGGAUACACAGCUAUCGGCCACUGCUAGGCAUUUUCAGGGAAAACGGCAGACCAGUGCUGCAUAAACUGUUCGCAGAGGCUUAUGCAGAUCGUCGGGCGCUUGCUGAUUUCAUGCUACGGAACCUGCGUAUGGUUGCGGACGCCGCGGGCAUACAGCUUUCUUCAACAACAUUAUCUUCUUUCCGGAACGCAGUCGAAGCCGGAAGAAGAGCUUCUCAGGCGUUGUUAGCCCUUGUCCUCAUAGAGCUGGAGACUGCGUGCGAAUCAGCAGUCGCCCGGGGCGAUGAGGGCCUCCAUCUUCUCAGGAACUGCGUGACCAGUUUCAUCAAUAAGAUGCCUAGCUCACUUACGAGAGCAUUUUUAGCCGACAAGGUGGAUAGUCUGUCUGCAGACCUUCAGGCGGGAUUGGAGAUAAUGAAACCGGAGGAUUCGUAUGCGGAGCAACUUGAGAAUGUCGCUAACAUGCUUUCCGAUAUUCUGAAGGAACUGGUGAAGCAAGGAGUGCAAACUUUUCGUUUCCUUCUUCCGUCGGGAGCGAGUACUCCUGAAAUGGCAGAGCUCGCUGAUAUGCCAAGGGAAUCACUUAUCAGAAUCGCAGAGGCUUUCUCUCUCUCUCAGUACUCGGGUGAUGCUCUGACUCAAUACCGACCUGUCAGUUCACGCAAAAAAGCGGCCGCAGCUAAGGAACCGCGUGGAGCCGUAGCGACGGUGUCUCUUGUCGAGGACGCGCUUCGGAUCGUGGAAUCCCGGAUUCCCCAAAAUGUGGAUAUUGGGCAGCGGUUUCAUCUCCUCUCCAAUGGAACAGGUUUGUCGACCAGAGCUAUCUUAACUGCGCAAUCAUACAGGAUAGCGCUCGAGGUCGUGCAAGCCUUGCGGAGCAAGUUAAGAGACCCUCUUGCUCAGGAUCGUAUCCAGUCGAUUGAGCAUCUGGAUGCAUUCAUUCUGAGCUUCGUCCGUAGAAUUACGGGGGAGGCGACGGAUGAUACUGAUCCGCAGGGUGACCGCCAUAAACUACCGGAGAGAAGGGACCAGGAGCUUUCGCCCGCCACGUUGUACAUUCAAAUCACUGGACAAGUCGCAAGGAUGGUAAAAUAUAUGUUGGCGCGAGAACUUGUAUCCGAGUUGAAGAUAAAAGAACGAAUAACAAAAACUGCUAUACGCCUUCCAGAGUUGAUGCGAGAGGAUCCAGGGCGUAACCAGAAGGAUUUUCGUCGAGACCUACCGAUGAUAUUUAUUGUCGAUGUAGUUUAUGGGUGCUCCAAGAAAAUGGUUCCUAUCAUACUGAACGACACGACUAUCACACCAACCUGCCGGAUGGCUCGGGGCAAACCCAAAGCAAUUGUAGACUGUGUCAGUCCGUCGGAGGAGCUCUCAAAGGCCCUGAUCCGGGAACCGAAGCUUCUAUGGAGUCUUACACCACGUUGGCUAUCUGCUGAUGGCGUCCCCAAGGAGUGCACACUGAUGCAAGGGUACCUUAAUGAGAGUAAUUCUGGUGGCGAUUUGAAGUUCCUGGUCAUGUCAGGGCUGGAAAAAUACGAUUGCGGAAAAGAUACACGGGACCGCGACUACUGGGCCAGAUAUGCGCUGAAAGCAGAGAUGCUCAGGAGCCUCUACCAGCGGUACGCGGCAGGCCAAGUGAAACCAACAUUUGACAGCUUCAUUCUAAGUAUGUUCGGCAUGAAUGUUAAAGAAUUUCAGAAAACAAAAAAAGUUGAGGUUCGAGGCUCAAAACUUCUUAUUCAGCGCACGUUCCAGAACGUUGUCAAGGAUCGUUCAUACCUAGCACAGUGCGUGCAAGAUGAGGCGACGUUCCUUAAUGAACUCGGAGUCUCCCUUCAGCAAGCCUUCACUGUCAUCACUUCUCAGAGCACAGGAGAUCCUGCCAGACAGACGAUGGAGCAGCUGAUUUCCAUCAUUCGAUCCGCUGAGGAACAUGUGGUCCUUGAACAUGAAGUGAUGGCUGAGCUCACAGCACUAGCUGCGCCAUACACAUAUGCCCUUCAGCCCAAGCACCAAUAUUUGAUUGGUGCCGUUGGUUGGGGCCUGCCGACAAUGCCACCUCAAACAUGCAGCUUGCCUACGCCUCCACCAGUGGACGUGAAACCGUUGAUUCCGAUAGUGGUGCUGAAUAAGAACCCGUCUCCGCCCGGUAUCGAAGAACUUGUUCUUCAUCGAGAGCAUGUCGUUCCGCUGCCUCCAAUCGUGACACAACAUGCCGAGGUAGUGGAACCACGCGAACCUAAAUUUGCGAAGGCAGUGGUCAGGCCUAAACAAGGACGUUUGGAGAGAGCUGAGUCCGAAAUGCUCCCUCUCCCGGGUUCGGCGUCGGUGCAGGCUGAAACCCAAGAAGAUGAUUGCAUGGCUGUGGUGAAGCUAUACCACGAUUACAUAGAGCAAUCAGGAGAAGUGAAGGACGUAGACGCCCUCCACGAGCAGGCUUUCACGCGAAUGAUCUUCGCAAAUACUUUCAAGUCGCUGGGGCUGGCACCGUCGUCCAGAAACUUGCAACAGUUUCGGUUUGCUCUUUGCAUUACGUGCGCCAAAUACUUGCCGACAAUCAUGCUAGAAAAACUGCACAUGGGCCAUUCUCCGGUCGCAGCUUCUUUUGAGAAAAGCCAGGAGCUCUGCAAGGAGCUGUAUCGAAGACAAGGAUGGACGCAUUCUCCAGUGUCGUCGUCGAUCCAGCUGAACCUUCCCCUCGAACAGAUGUCACACCGGAUUGUUUCUCGCCUUGUAAUGGAGUUGGCUGACAGCCAGAAGACCGAGAAAGGUCGCGUGGUUGCUCUGUGCUCUGGGGGCACAACGCUCUCUCUGGCUUAUCAAGACAUAAAUGCUACGUUGUUCGGAAGAAUGUCGCGUGUCGACGGAUCCCUUUUGCGGCAGUGGAAUUCCGUGAAGAAACAAACAAGACACCAAGGCAACGCUGGCUUAUGCGGUCGAGUCAAACAAGAUGUGCAGAACCUUCUGAAAGUGAUCGAUCCUAGAGCGUGGGCGAAAGAGCUUAUUGGCCAGUCUACAGUGGCGGCCGAGCCUGAGGUGAAUGCAUAA